GACUGGGCUGGAGUCGCGCGUGCAGCUCUCAGGGAGGCAGCUGGGCGUCCAGAGCUGUGGCUGCAACGCGCAGCUGGCAGGGAAUCUCGCCGGGCCACGCAAUUGCCUCCUCUGGGGCCUCCAGGAACCUCUCCGCGCUCUCCUUACCAGUCAGGUCCCAGCAGUCACCACCGACCGUGGCCUGGGUUGCAUUUGCUGCUACUCUGUGCCCGGGACAGAGGGACGCCCGCCCUGUCACGUGUGUCCAAGUCCUCCGCCAGCCGGGGCAGCGUGGUUCCCAUGGUUCAAGGCUGUUGAUGGAGAAGUGGGCGGAUGACAGCCGGGACUGUGGUCAUCACUGGGGGCAUCUUGGCAACUGUGAUUCUGCUCUGUAUCAUCGCUGUUCUGUGCUACUGUCGGCUUCAGUACUAUUGCUGCAAGAAGGACGGAUCCGAGGAGGACGAGGAGGAGCCCGACUUCGCCGCGCCCUCUUACCUGCCGCCCCUACAUUCCAACCGCAACCUUGUGUUGACCAACGGGCCCACCCUCUACCCAGCUGCCGCCACCUCCUUCAGCCAGAAGUCCCCACAGGCCCGCGCCCUCUGCCGCAGCUGCUCCUACUACGAGCCACCCACCUUCUUCCUGCAGGAGCCAGAGGAGGACGACUUUGAGGGUGUGCGCAACGGUGGGGGCCGUGUGGCCUACAAAAGCAUCAGCCAGGAGGACGUGGAGCUGCCCCCAGCGACCUUUGAGGGCCUGCAGGCGCUCAACCCCAACCGCCUCUCAGCCAUGCGUGAGGCCUUUUCCCGAAGCCGCAGCGUUAGCACCGAUGUUUGACAGGCCUCCAUACUGCCGAGGCAUCCAGCCUUGGAAGGUCUUGAGAUCAUGGCAGGAUCCCCAUGGCAUGCCCUGGCCCCAUGCCCAGACCUCUGCUCAGCCAUGUCUUCCCUCUAUCCCUGUACUAGGGGCUCUAGGCAUGGGGAAUCCCCAGACCCUUUACAGGGAUAAAGUCCAAUGAAUCAGGUGUGGCAGCUCCUAGGGACAGCUGACCCAAGAAGGGAGGCAGGGGUCAGGAGGAUAAGGUAAUGCAGUGUUGGGGCACAGGUACUAGGUCCUGUUCCCAGGAAGUAAGAAGAUGGCUAGUGUCAACCCCAACAACUUGUCUGUCUCUGGCUUCAUGGCCUUAACUUGGCUUUGGGCUUUUUACCUGCUCAAGGGAGCAGGGGCUUCACUGGCUGCCAGUGGCCCUCAAGCAUGAACCUUCCUUAGAGACGGUGGACCAAAUAAACUGUCCCCUCGCCCUGUCUCCCCCUUCCCAUCCUUCUCCUCACCCUCUCUCCAUUCCUUCUCCGAGCCUCUCUGACUCACGCUCCUGAACCUGGGUGCCAAGCAUCUGCCCCAAGCUUAAAAUACCCAUUGUGCUGCCCCCCCCCCCGCCCGAGAAUGGACAAGUCUCCCUGUAGAAGGCAGAGUUUUAGGAGACAGCAGUGUUCUUGGGACGCUUUCUCUACCCAAUCUGCUUUUCCAUGAGAGAAAAGGGGACGCUACUCUGGGAGGGUUGACACUCAAAUUUACACGUCCAGUAUUCAUCCCUAAACCCAGUUGACCACAGACACAUCUAGCAAGGUUGCUGAUGCACUGGAGGUGGCCCAGCUAUGCAAUAGGGGUCUCAGGUGUGACUCCUGGGCAGGCCACCCCAUCCAUGGGCUUGCAUCCCCAUGUAGGUAGUGGGGGGUGGGAGGGGGGUAGCUGACUGCAGAAAGCCCUUGAAACUUUGGUCCUCGGUGGGAACUGAGGUCCCUGGGAGAGCUGAGCUAUAGAUCAUCCACUUCCUGUUUCCUGCUUGGAAUGAGGCCCCAGGCCUAGACAGCCAGAGCUGGCUGCCCCUGUAUGGAAGCCCCGUCUCUACCCACACAGCUCCAAGCCCUCCUCCUCUGAAUGAGGACUUGGUGUCAGGUAACCACUCCUUGAGGGUGCCCCAAGCCCAGGACCUCGGCCCUCAGGAGUGCAGUUCUCUGCUCUGAAAGAGACACCAUUCUUGGUGGCACAGCCUCAAGAGGCCCUUCUAUUUGGGACCCUAGUUCAUCUCCAAGCCCUGCAAUGGAGCCCGAGACGAGCAGGUGCCCCGUGAAGGUGCCUUCCUAUAGAACAGCGGCCACUCCUGAGCCAGAUACCACAGCAGGACCCUCCACCCUUGCUAGUGAGGAUCUGCUGUCUUUGGCAUUCUGAAUUUUUUUUCUCCUUUUCUUUUCCUUGCCUUAGUUUGGUCUUGCUAACAGAAUCUACCCUUAGAAUCAUAGAAGUCCCCAACCUUUCCCCUCUACUUCCUUUGUCCCAUUCUACCCCUUGGUAUCAGUCCCUUGCAUUACUUGGGGUAUGGGUGACGCAGGGAGGGGGGCUCUGGGCUGUUCUGUCUUUGUCUCCUAGCCCCUCGCCUUUUUUAACCUCCAGCGUCUCUGUAUAGCUCCAUAGACAUCCUCCAAGUGAAUUAAGCAUUCAUCCCUACCAGCUCACUCAACACCACCAUGAGACCUGCCAGGGACCCACCAAGCACCCUGAAAAAAGCAAAAGCCAAUAAAUUUGUUUCCCACACCAUGGCACUAGACUGCCUGUUUGUCCAUCCACUGGGCACUGUCAGGCACAGACCCUCUCUGGAACCAGACAGAGUUCACCUUCCCAGCCCAGUUGGUGAGUUCUAGCUCUGAACAGAGGGGCUGGUAAGAGUUCUCAGGCAAACAGGGCAUUAUACCAAGUCACCUUUGUUUCUCAGUGCCCCCAAUGGCUUUCAAGAUUGUCAUUCAACAAUUUUAAGAGCAGACUUGACAUGAUGGGUUGUGUUUCUUGAGGACAAGUGGCUGACUGUCCCUGAGCUUGCAUCAGCUUAGUGGGACACUCAUGCUACCCACCUCAAAAUUGAUUAAACUAGUCAGUGCUGGGGACAUGCCUGACACAGCCUGGCAUGGCUAGGUAUAAACCAAAGGCCAACAGAGAGGAGUGUGGGAUAAGGUAAAGAGGGAGGAAAUCAGGAGGGGAGGGAGCCUGGAAGAAAGUAACGAUGGGUCUUAGGUGUGGUGGAGGCCCAGCCGCUGAGACCCAAGGAAACUGCUCUAAGCCCAGCUGGUGACCCAAAGUACAGCCAUCUCCCAAAUUGCUAACUUCUGGCUUUGGGGGACAAAAAUAAAAUCUCUAGGGGCGGCUAUCUUGAUCCAGUCCCUGUGGACACAGAGGAGCAAUAGUGUGCUGGACUGUGUGGCUACCUCUGUUUCCUCCCAAACCCUAAACACUUCAGCAACAGAGCUGUAUGACAGACCUAUCUGGGGCAGUCAUCAGUGUCCCUACUACCUGAGCCCAGGGGACUCCUCCAUGGUGUUGAGACUGACUAACCGCUGCCAUCUCAGACUCUGCC